AAAUGAGCUUAAUCAAUGUUAACGGAUAUCAAACAUACACAAACAGUUAUAGUAACCAGUUAUAUCUUUAAAUUUGAACAUCGAAAUAAAACUAUGGAAAGAGAAUCAUUCGAUGAUCUUAAUGCAAAUUCCAAAUUAAAAUUGCCAAAAGAUGUGGGUUUAUAUUGGAUACACUGCAACCGUUGCUUUGAAAUUUAUAUACGUAAGCGAAGGAGAAUAUUCUUGCUGUCUUGUAAUCAUAUGAUUUGCGAAAAAUGUGCAACAACACUCGCCACUAAUCACAUAAAUGUAACCAGUGAAGUAAAUUGUCCAAUUUGUAAGAACAUACAGCGGUAUCGAGUAUUAUGCAACGUUAUGCCGGCUCAUGCUAAGGAGCUUUUAAAUCCUGAACCAUGGCGGGAACCAAAUGAACGCAUCUUGAAUUUUCAGACAAGGCACCGAGAAAGUUUUAAAAAGGAAAUGUUUCGUAUGCGAUCGGAAAUGGAAAAAGUUAAAAAAAAGUGUAUAGCUUUGGAGAUUAAUUCAAAGCAGAAAUACGAAAGAUACGAGCAGUUGCGAUAUGAGCGUAAACGAUUGGAAAGGGAGGUACUUAAAAUAAAGAAACUUGAAUUGCAGCCUAAAAGUAAAUAUUUUCAAAGAACAGAUGGAAAUAUUUCUACCAAAGGUAUGUUCAAUCUUAAUACCUUUACUGGAGUUAAACGAGAAAACCAUAAUAUGCACUCCCGUAUAAGUGGGCAUAAUUUAUCACACACAGCUCUAAAUAAUUCAUUUUCAUUAAACCUAUUUUAAAAAAAAAUUGCAAUGGAAUGUAAUUAAAAGUAUGGAAUAAUAAGACUCACUUUUAAGGUGCAGCUAAUAAGUAGCAAACCUAUUUCUAAAGAGAACCGAAAAGGAGAGCAUUAUUGGACUUUUUACAACGAAGGGCUAAUUUAAAAUUACAAUCAAAAAAUUUAAGUUGUUAGUAAAAUAACGUUUUGGGACCGUAGGAGAUAUAAAUGUAAAAUAAAGAUUUUAUAGCGA